AUGGCGAGGUUCGACCCGUACGAGAACAACGGCGGCACGUGCGUGGCCGUCGCCGGCGCCGACUACUGCGUCGUCGCCGCCGACACCCGCCUCUCCGUCGGUUACAGCAUCCUCUCCCGCGACCACUCCAAGAUCGCCCAGCUGGCAGACAAAUGUGUUUUGGCCUCGUCUGGGUUCCAAGGUGAUAUCAAAGCUUUGCAGAAGGCUCUGGCUGCUAAGGAACUAAUCUAUGAACACAACAAUAACAAGAAGAUGAGCUGCCCAGCAAUGGCUCAACUUCUGUCAAACACACUCUACUACAAGAGAUUCUUCCCAUACUACACUUUCAAUGUGUUGGCCGGACUGGACACCCAAGGUAAAGGAUGUGUCUUUACAUACGAUGCUGUUGGGUCUUAUGAGAGGACAGGUUAUAGUGCUCAGGGAACAGGUUCAGCGUUGAUGAUGCCUGUUCUUGACAACCAGUUGAAAUCCCUAGUCCUCUCCUACUGCCAGCUCAGAACUUUUAACACAAAGUUGCUUCUCGUUCAGGAUGCAGUGACACCCUUAUCUGAAUCUGAUGCGGUUGAUCUGGUGAAGGACGUUUUUGCAUCAGCUACUGAACGAGACAUAUACACUGGUGAUAGAUUGGAAAUUGUGGUCAUCAACAGCUCUGGCACACACCGAGAGUGCAUUGAACUGAGGAAGGAUUAG